AUGAGGACUCGCCUCAAGACUUCCUCGCCUCCUGUCGGUUCGUUCUUUCUUGGGAUCCUUGUUUGUGAUGCGGAAUAGGGAUCCAGAAUCUUAUGAGUUGGAUCCCAGAUGUGGAAGGUUGGAAGGCAGCUAAUUCAAAUCAUUUUUUCAUAGAAUAGAAAUUUUCUGAAAUCCCACGUGGCAAUUAGGUCAAUUACGUGGCACGUAUGAACUAAUCAUUUUUCAGUUCUUGUAAAUGAAAAAAAUAAAUGUAGAUUUAAAUGAAUGUAAAUGUAAAAGUAAAUGAAAAACGGUUGGAACCUAUUUUUGCGCUAUUUUUUUGUCAACGUACAUACUUUUUAAUCAACGACACAUCAGGAAAUUUUUCAUGAAACGGAUUUCAUUCUCAGAAAGUCAUAUUUAAAAUCCAAGAUCAUUCUUAAUGGAAUUUUUCAAUUAUAACCUUCCCCGUUGUGAACAAAGCUUCGACACAUCGCUCAAAAAAAUAAGUAGUUAUGAAAAAUACAAGAAAGAAAGAAGAGCAGUAAAAUAACCAGCAACGGGAAUUAGUCCACUCUAACGAGUAGACUUUGACGCGGAUAAAGAAAAAUAAUUAGAAUCGGGAAGGUAUUGAGUAGAUUUUGGGAGAUCUUUUAAGUUGGACCCGUAAAGAAUCAGUGGAGACGUUGAAAUAUAUUCUGAAGGUCAAUUUAUUUUAUAGCAGUUUUUAGAAAAAAAGAAAAAAAGAAAAAAAUAACUUGUUUUCAGAGAAAUACAGAAUAAAAAAACUUUCGUUGUCAAUUUUUUUCAAGACAAUUAUUGCAGUAACGACAAUCAUCCUGCUCUUUUCGAUUUUCUUGAUCAACACCAAUCCGACAUCCGCAAAAAUACGUCAGUUAUUAUCUAAUUGUUUUUGUGGUUUUUGUUAUUUUCAGCUUUUUUUCAGAAUGUUGCGACACUCCUGUGUUUGGGAUUGAGGAUGACAGUUGUGGUACAACAGGGUGCCUGGAGUGCACAACAAGCGAAUUCAUCGUCAAGAAGCAGCCAGUAGACACAAACAAUGCCUUAGCGGCAUCGGGAACUUUGAAAUCCGCGUCGCGAAUAGUCUUAGAAGACAAUUUCGGACAAGCAAACUUUGAAAGUUUGCAGUCUUUAGUUUUCAACGCCAGCGAUUACAAACUCUUUCCAGGUAUUUUUUUCCCAAAAUUUUUCGAAGUUUUUGUAAUCCGUAGUUGAAAGCUGAAAAUCCGUUUGACGAAACUUUACCUGCAGAAUAAUUUACACGUUAGAAUUCAUUACAUUUUUAUUUUAUUCACACACAAUUUUAUUUUUUUCCAGAGCCAAUGAUCCGUAUCCGAAGGUCUAACGUCUCUGAUAAAGCGUUCAGUCUUCUGAAGAACAUAACCAUCUUUCCGCUCGAACCUUACUGUCAAAAAGGAACUAUUCUCGAUAUCGACAACAUGAACAAGAAGCCAUGGGAUCGGUUGAGAAAAUUGGAAAAGGUUACACUUUAAAAUUAUAAGCUUGAAGAUUAAUAAAGUAAAACGUUCGUUCUGAAGAAACCAGCACUUUUUUCAGGAAUUGUUGGCAUCGUGCCCUAAAUCAACCACACAGGCCCCACCUCCGGCUACAGCUCCAAAUUUGCCACCCAAUUCGGCACCAAGUUCGCCACAAAUCUCCGGACCACUUCCUAAGCCGAUUUCGGGGCAAUGUUCGUCUUGCCCACCGGUGCCUGAAUGUCCAUCGAUUCCAUCGGCCGAAAAAAAGCUACUGGUAAGUCGAAGAAAAAAACCGAAAGAUACUGAUAAAAAGAACUCAGAAUUUUUUUCUCCUAUUUCACAUAAACCUGAAAUCUUUCUCAGAAUAUUUAAAAACUAUUAAAAAAAUUACAAUUCCUUCAAAUUCAUUUUUUUAUCUAGCUCAUAGUUUCGUUUGAGACUUAUCGAAACUUCGAAAAAUGGGAGGGUUUUUGAUAGUUAUGACGCACUGACGUUUUUCUUAUAGAGCGGCAAAAGGAAAUACAUAAUUUUGAUUACUUGGUAAUUUACAUGUAAGAAGCUACUUCUUUGAAAUGGUUAUCUUUUAGAACACAUGCUCUUGUGUACCGUCCGAUGUAUAGUCGCUUUUCUUUUUUGAACCAAAAAUUUGAUUUGAGAGUCUAAAUUUGGUAUUAAUUGGCAACUAAACGGCUCGAGUUCUUAUAUGUUUGAUGUUUACUGUAGACGCUUCAUUUUUACAGUCCGUGUUUCACUAUUCAAAUACUUUUCUGGAGGCGAAAAGACCUAUGGCCCUGAGAUCCCCAAGUUUUUGACAACUAUGCUUUCAAGGCAGGCAGAGAGACGGAGUUGUGCCAAUUCACCCAAUAGUUUGUAGGUACCUCAGUGACUUUCAAUACCGUUAUACAGAAGUGGAAAAUGAUAAUGAUUUUUUUUGUUUAUAACUUUUAAAAAAAGAUUUUUUCGACCUGAAAGGGUUCUAUAACCUUCUAUAGCUUUGCUUAAAUACACUUUCAUGGACCGGGUAUCCAUCCUACUUACUAGGGAACGAUUUUAAACCCCCGGUUGAGCUUUUGAUGAAACUUCGGUUAAGGUUGCUUUAGGACCUCCUGAUUGUAACAAGAAAAAACCUCACACUUUUACGCACUUCUGAUCGUUCUAAUUAAGAAGGAAUGCCUAUCUUGGCAAUCGCCAUCACAUCACUGUGUUGGAUGGUUAUAACUGGCAUCCUACUGGCUCUGAUGUUCUUGUUCCUGAAAAGAAAGGCGCCGCCGUCGAAGGGUUUCGAGAAAGAGUUUGAAGAAUACGCCCAAUGCGGUCAGUUUGAGCUGAUUUCUUCUCAAUUUUUAAUUCUCAUUUACAGUAGGUCUGAUGGUAUCGUACAUCCACACUGUCUUUUUAAACUUCCUGAAAGACAAUCAACAAUUUGGUAUGUUAAACGAGUUUGAACGUUUUUUGUAUUUUCGAUCGAUUAAGCGGACGAUAUUAUUAGCUGUUUCACGGCAUAUGAGCAACGGACGGCCUACUUCCUCAAAGAAGAAGAAGCAGAAAUAAAAAUCCGGUCAAAGUGUCAGUUUCUUUUUUUUAAAAAUUUGGGAAAGUUCUCCUACUGUUUGCUAACUACGGAACGCUUUUUGACUCCCGGUUUCUUUGAUCAAAAUUUUCAAAGUGAAAUUUAAAUGUUUAAAGCUUUUCUUUGGGAAAACCGUGUUUAAAAAAUAAGUUGAGAAGUCAUUGCUUCCUUAUAAAUGAAAAUAUUCUAUACGGACAACUGAAAAUUCCAAAAACGACGUUUGCGUAUUUGACUCAAAACAGCUUCAAAACAGAUUUUUCCUUGUAAGAAAAGUUUUUGCGACUGCGCGUUUACUAUAUCCUAAUUAUUACUUUACAAGAAGAUCAUACGUUAGAACGAAGGAGCGUGCACGGUGCGAGCACUGAUUUCGCACUUUUUUAGUUUCAUGUUGUCGUUUUGCACUUCGCAAUUUUGGGGCUUUUUCAGUGCGCAUGUGGUGCAACACCGCACGGUGCUGACACUCCGAAUCAGAAAAUUGGGUAUUCGAAAUCCUGUCAAUUCAGUCCAUUUCUCCCAGUUCUACAUGUUAUUUAUAUUUUUUAUUCGUUUUAGUAUUGAUUUUUUUCGUUAGAAAAGUCGGAUGAUGGAGAAAGAAAAGGCCUAAAUGGAAUAGCAAAGCAUGUUUAAUUUUUUGAUUCGGAGUGUCAGCACCGUGCGGUGUUGCACCUCAUGCGCACUGAAAAAGGCCCGAAAUUGCGAGGUGCAAAACGAAAACAUGCACCGUGCAGUGAAAAAGUGCAAAAUCAGUGCUCGCACCGUGCACGCUUCUUGUAGAGAAAUAAGCAUCCGUUUGUUAUUCAGAUGUUUUACAACCGGUGCAAAAUUCUAGUUUCGAAAAAAAUAAAAUAAAGUCAAGAAAAAAAACUUUUCAGUUGUCAAUAUGGACCACAUCCGCGAUGAAGUGGAUAGAAGGAAUGUAAUUUUGGAGCAAGGAGGAACUCUAGAAAAAACAAAGCUCAUGGAAAAUGUUGCCUACAGGAGAUUAUUCAUGAAUAGUAUGAAGAGCACGCACAGAGACACGGAUAUUUUUCUUAUGAUCUCGAAAUUCAUCGAGUCGAAAAAAGGAAAUAAAUGCGCGGAAACUGUCGAAAUUCUUGUUCCAAACCAAGAUGGAUUAUCGAAAGAGGUUUUCAAGGAGGAAAAAGACAAGGCACGGAAAAAAGGUGGAAAGGAAGUCAAAAGAGACACCAAAAAAAGAUAUGUGGACGAAGGAAAAGAAGAAAAACGCCAAAAAGCGGGUUUUAACCUGGAACUGAGCGUGAAGACGCAGGAGAACAACAUGAAAAAAAAGGAAAAGCUUCCGGAAAUUGCCAAGCAUUUGGAUAACACCAUAGCCAAGUGGAUGAACACCAAGCCCCAGACUGAAGAGGAGAAAAAAAUCGCCGAUGCCUGUCAGUUGAUGGUUUUUUGAUUAGGGCCACCAUUUAUUGCAAAUCAGUUGAUUUCAUAAGAGCGCGUUUGUGCGGGAAAUUUCACUUCUUCUGUAUAAACGCUUUUGUCGGCCAAAAAAAUUAUUUCUAGCCUGCGUGAGAAAAAUCCUAUAGAAAACUUAGCUGCCAUUCUAAUGAUCAAUAAAAGGCUACUUUUCAAAAAAUAGAAAAUAUUCGUUUGAAAUCCAUUUCUCCAAGUCAACAUGUACUUCCCGCAUAUAAUUUCACUCCUUACUGUAGUAAUUUCGCUUUUCAUUUGAUGAGAAAACAAAAACGUAAAAACAAGGUUUCUUUUUUUCCAGAUGCAAAAAAAUUCAUAAAAAUCAUGUACAAAUAAUUUUUUUUUCUGCACAAACGCGCUCUUUCGAGAUCGUCGAAACCCGAUAAGUAGCUGCUCGGAGCUUGGUAAAGCGAGCCGGUCGCGGACAGGUCGUGUCGGGGGAAUUCUAGGGACUACUAAAGUGGUUAUUAGAGAGAUUCUCCGAUACGUUCGAUUUGCGCUCAGUUCGAGUUAAGCAGGACCGAAUGUAUCAUCACGCUUCCUAAGACUUUGUCUAGUGAACUACUUGUCUAAUGUGCCAUUUUCAGGGCUCUCGUUGGGCGUUAUCGACCGCUUGCUGACUGAAUUUACGGACAUUGGCAUAAAAAUUGCCAAGAGUACGUUAUAGGCUUUGUUUAGGAAAAACAACGUGUAUAUUUUUCAAUUCGCGAAGAUUUCUUAAUUAGUGAAAAAUCAGAAGUUGCGAGUUUCAGAUUAUAACGAAGCGACGUUCCAAUUAUGCAGGAUCGUCAUGAACGAAGUUAAAGAGCGGACUAUGAUCAACAACGAACAAGCCUACGCGUCGGAGAACCGGAGAGGAAAAGUCAAGGACACGCAUGGUAAUGAAGUCAUCUCUCAUGAAAAUCAUCUCUGAUUUGCGCGAACUCGCGAAAAUUUAGCACGACUGAUGAUUUAAAUCUACUUAUACAACCGAAAUUUUGCGUAGUCUUGUUUGCCCUUCCUUCAUUCACUUUGGUAUGAUAUUAGAGUACUAACUUCUCCAACCAACAGAGCAAGCUCCACAAAAUGGCACAAAAUUUACCUUAAAACCCUUUGUUCUGCUGAAAAUCUGCCUUUAACUUGGUUAAACUGGCUAGUUUUAUUAUUAGUUUUUUUUUUUUCUAAAGACCUACUUGAAGAAUUUAUCCAUGUCCUCGAACACCUGUACACUGAUGAGGAUCCGGAGGCACUGAAGCUGAAAAAUUACUUGACGCUUUACGAAUGGAUUCGUUUUGUGGAUCUUCACUACAUGGGCCUCGACUACAACGAAUACAAAGGAUGUGAGUUUCAAGGGUAUAAUCCGAAAAUUUCAACAUUCACGGAACAUCAGUAAAAUGUAGGAGUUUUCUAAAUGAUUAGAUAAGAUAAAUCACCGCAAGCCCAUUUGAAACAUACAAUGUGCGUUUCAAUGAAAAAUUUCUUAGUACGGAAGAUUUGAAACUUAUUGUUCAAAAACUAAAAGGAUUCACAAAAAGAACAAAUAGAAACAAGGUAGUGGAGAAAAAUGUUUCUACAUCAGUGUAAAAUUCAUUAAAAAAAACCUUACAGCCCUUGCUUACAUCAGGCCGUCGCCGAUGCAUGACGAAACUUUCGAAGAUGCUAUGCUCCGUUUGGAAAGUAAGUGUGAACCUGAAAAAAAGGAAAUUAUUUUCGAAAAGUGAGAAUCUUAUACGAGUGAUUGUAUGCUAUUUUAAUUAUUACAUUCUUUCGUUAAAAAAACAGCUUUAGACUUUCUCACAAAGAAACAGUUUUUUUCACCUAGAAGUUGAAAAUUAUCGAAGGUCUAGUAUAAUAAUAGCAUUUGGUUUUUCCUUAAUUAUACUUUAGAGCUGAAGAUCUUUUUCAGGAUACGAGAAGGAUUAUGACAAUCUCAAAGCUAACGUGGAAGCAUACUGCAAGAAGAAUAAAAUCAAGCUGGUGUCCAAGGCAACUCCUACCAAGCAAUUGAAGAUAAGAGAAAAAUACGACUUUGGAAAAUAUAAGUUUGAUGGCAUUCCCGAUCCGCCAGGAAUCUUUGAAAUGAAGGUAUAACGUCUUGAAAAAUUGAAAUUUUUUUUUCAAACUUCUAGGCAGAAGACGCUGCGAAAGCCGUUAAAGCAAGUGAGGACGAAAAGGCCAAAAAUAAGGUGAACUCUUGAGAAAAAAAAACAUAUUGGUAGUUUAGGCAUUUCGGAAACGUAUUGACCAUGAAUUUUUCAAACAAAAGUUGAAAAAUUCGGUAAUAAUUAAAAUUAAAAAUUUUCAGAAAGAUCCGGCUCCGAGAAGCAAAGCUGCCCGCAGCGUCAUGUCAAAGAACGGUGCAGCUCCGAAGAGCGGUGCUCCUCCUAAAAGCUCGGCUCCAAAAAGUUCGUCGGCUGAGCCAACUCCUACUUCCAUGAAGUAG